AAUCGAUUUUUAGGUUAGUCGUUGAAGAGAUGCCCCCGGUUGACGUCAUUAUUGGUGCGACAUGACAACAAAAGCAAAAUGUAAAGUGGAUUCGGAUGGCAGCGUAUGCUUAGAAGACAUCCUCACCUCUUUUAAUUCAUCAGUACGCGAAGAACACGCCUGGGCCCUCUGCUAUCAGUGCGCCAAGUUCUUCCUGGAAUCAGGUCAGCAUUCGGCCUACCAUAAUAUCACAGACGUAGACCAGGUUUACUUCCAAACAGAUGGUAACAUACACCCAAACACACGCUUGGGAAAGACACCCGACAAUAACAGACGCGUUUGUAGCGAGCAGGAACUAGUGACCAGUUUGGGUGUUGUGAUUUACAAUGCUUUGGACAAGGGUUACGAUGCGGACGAAGAGCGAUCCAUUUCGCAGGAUCUCAACACGCUCAUAAAUGAUAUGAUAACGGAUGACCACAAUUUGAGCCAUCACGAAACAGACGAUGAAGGUAUAGAACGAGACUCUGAAGAGGCAGACGAAAGUAGCACAUCCAGAGUUUCACAGCAUAUCACAUUAACGCAAGUAAUCGCAAGGUGCGAGAGGCACUUAGCUAGUUUAACCAAAUCUCAAGCUGAAUCACAUUAUCGCGCUGUAGUUAGAGCACUUGUAGCUGAAGCAAUUGAAUUGUCUACAUUUUUGGAAAAGGUUGCUCAAGAUACUAGUAAUUUAGUUGAGGGAACUGGCAAUCGAGAUUUGGAACAAUUAAAAUUUGCCGAUUGGGCUAGAUUUUGGGUCCAAGUAAUCCAAGAGCUUCGUAAAGGUGUAAAAUUAAAGAAAGUGAAUUGUAGUCGAGCACCGAUAGAAUACGAACUCACUCCAUAUGAGAUAUUAAUGAACGAUAUUAAAUCAUGUCGUUACAGUCUCAGGAAGAUAAUGGUCGAUGGAAACGUGCCGUCACGCGUUACUAAAGACGCUCACGCUAUUAUACUCGAAUUCAUACGCUCAAGACCGACAUUGCGCAAAGUCUCCGAAAGGAAAUUACCACCGCACACAAGAACGCUUACCCCAAGGGAACAACUCAUGAAUUCAAUACGUAAAGGACGCACGUUGCGUAAAACGCAUACAGUUGCAAAAGACGGCCCCGUUGUUGGGACGGUUAAAGAACCGGAAGAAAAGAAAACGCGAAAAUUAAUCAAAGUUGAUUUUUCUAAAUUAGAUGAUGACGACGAUGAUAUUUCGGAUACGUCCGAUGGUUAUUGGCAAGAAGAAUUUAAUCAAGUUUAUGAAAACGUGGUUGAAGCUUACGAUUUAGCUUUACAGGGGCCGGCUCCUAAACCACCGGGAAAACGACAUUUAAACGUUUAUAACGAUCAAUUUGAAAGUUAUUCAGUUCCGCAAUCCAGACCAGGUUCAAGACAAUCCUGUACGAGCUCUGACGCGGAAUCUGUACAAUUAACGCCGGAAAUCGCUCAAGCAGUUCAAGAUAACAACACAAAACCUUGGCACGAAGCGAUCUCAUUAGACGAUCGAUUAUCGUUAACUUUAGAAGAAAUCGUUCAUAUACGCACAGUUUUAACAAAAGCGGAAGUUGAAGCUCUUCCAAUUGAAGGUCACGUAAAAAGUGAUGUCGAAAAUAGUAAGGUGUGUUUCUUAUGUUUGAAGACGAGGUUUGGUAUUUUGGGACCAUGGGGGCAACGUUGUCGUUUAUGUAAACGUACCGUUUGUAGUAAAUGUAUUUCAAAAAUGUGCAUUCCCAUGGAACAUUUCGCUAGCGUUCCCGUUGUACUGUUGAGUCCGAGUAUAAUGGCCACUCCGGAAGAUGAAUUUCAAAACGGUUUUAAACCAAAAACAUCUCCCAGCGAUGGUAGUAAUUCGGCUAAUUCCAGUACACAACCUAGUCCGAGUAGACCAAGUUCGUCUUUGGAACGAUUUCGUAGACAGAAUACAGCUAAAGUUGGAGCAAUAGAUAAAACGCGGGGAUCUUUGAUGGCUGUUUGUUUAGAUUGUAAGAUGAUGGUGCUACAAAUAAUUAAAUCGGCGCAGGCGAACCGAUCAGCUAUACGAAAUAAACAUCUUCAGACUUUAACGUUGAAUAUAUCCCCAGUGUUCUAAAAAAAAUAAUGAUAGAAUAAGUAAUUUUUUUUUAUUAAAAAAUCUCGUAUAUGCUAGUCAUUAGAAUGAGAUCGACAUAAUAAUAAAAUUAUUUAUAUUAAAAUGAUAAGAAAUGUAUCGUGAUUCUGUAAAAAAAUAAGUUGUGAUUAAUUAGGUUUUCGACUUAGGAAAAAAAAAUAAAUAAAAGUUACCAAAAAAAAAAAAUUUAAAUUAAAUUUAUAAUAAUUUAUGUAUUUUUUAAUUUUAUUUAUAUAGUUUUAAAUGUACAGGGUGAUUCAUUAAGAAUCGAUAAUCUUUGAAUUGGAGAUAAGAGGCACCAAAUAAAACAAUUUUUAAUUUAUAUCUCUAGCUCAAUCAAUUUUAAAUU